AAAACAGUGUUCUGUAAUGCCAGGAAAGAGUACCGGAAGACAAAAUCGAACGUUUGGUACCCAGACUGGGUGUGAGAAGGCAGUAGUGAGCGCACGAGAAAAAGGGGUUCAAGUAGGCACUUAUCCAGAUCUCGGUGAAAAAGCAAAAGUCACAAUGCAGCAGCAACAGAGAGAUUCGUUCCCUCAAAUAUCCACCGCAAGUCAAGAAGUUUUCUUGUUUAUCAGAGCAAACAAAGAAUAUCUACAGCGUCUUAAAAACGCAUUUGUAAAAGACAAACGGGUCAUAGAAAAUUUUGGAGGUACCAUCGUCGGAGUAGCUGAAGAUAUUACAAGAAUUGAGGGAAACCUCUACAGCGGUAUUUCGCCUCAGUGUAUCUUCUUAAUAAAAUUCCGCAACAAUGAUGUAUGUGAGAGAUGGACGCAAUCCAGCAAUAUAUUCAAACAGAAAGACUUCCCAUCACCAGCCGCAGAGUUAGAAUUAUUCUCAGUUCCUCUUCACUAUUUACCACACGAGGACGGUAGGGCGUUUCAGUUAACGGAGAUGUACGGCUUGCAAGUACCGACACAACAUUUCUACGAGAAUUACGUGCAACAUGUUCCAAAGUUAAUGGAUAUACGCCGAAUAUAUCACGGCGAGGUCGCCACACCUAACGUCUGUCGACUUAGAAACUGUAUGAUCCGACCAGAUACCUACAUUCUUUUGAACUGUGCAGAUUCCGAGAAGAAAUUGUCCGACUUCUAUGACUGUCCGGAGUACAGGCAGUAUAGAGAAUUUCGACAAAAGGCAGUGGCGGAGACAAACACGUGUGUCUUCACAAUAAAACCUGUUACCUCACGUUAGUUACCAUGGCAACAACCAGGGUGCAUUUAGAAAAGACAAACAUUCGCCUACACAUCUUUAUAAUUAAAAAAGGGCAAUAACUCUUCUGAGAAUUAACUUUGUGGUACAUAAUUAAUAUAGGAAUUCUGUAGAAUAUGAUCAUUUAAGUACAUUUAACAAUCCUUGGCAUGAUGUUAAGUAAAUCCUCUAUAUGAAGGAGUUACGUUUAAACCUGCCUACAUGUAUGUGUACAUAUAUUAUAUACACAAACCAUGGAAAGACUGAACCAUAUAAAACAACAACAACAUCAACAACAAAUAAUGAAAAUUCAUAUGCAAAACGUAUAUAAAUAAGUUCAUGUACUUAAAAUGCAGAAUUACAGCGUUUUCACCAACUGAGCUAGAUUACUUUUACUUCAAAGGAAAAAAGGAGGCUGUAGCAAUGUAUAGUAAAACUGUGAUAUUGUUUUCCGUCCACAUUUUGUGAUGAUUCUCCAGUUAUAUAUUAUGUUAGAUAUUUUUCCUAUCUAGGUACAAUUUAUAUUCUUUAUAUUAAAUAAUCAGAUUUUUAUUCAACUUGAUCUAAAAAAUUUAAAUACCUCCUUUCCAAGCUAUUUACCAAGUACAACCUGUUUAUAAUUAUCUCCCCUUUGUUGCUUUGACAACAAUGGUAAAAAUUUUAGGGGGGCAAAGAACACUUUAAAAGUUUUGAAGGAACUGGUAAAGCUUCAGGCAGUGGAAUUAAAAACAAGUUUAAAUGUAACUUAAGAGUAUUUUAAAGAACUUUUAUAACAGUAAAAGUAUUUUAUUUUAUGUUGUCGGAUUUAUUUCAUUUAAUUUCUUUUCAAUCAUUUUGUAGUCAUUGUAUUUCUCUUGUAAAUUAACAUUUUUGUAUUUCUCCAUAAUAAAAUUGCUAUUUUCUA